AUGAGGAAAUAUCCCAGGUUGUAUCAAGUCUCCUGCCAACAGCAAAGACUCAUUCAGCAAGCAGGGAGACAAACCAAAACAGUUUGGGAAUGGAAUCUUGAGUGGAGAAGACCCCUAUUCGACAAUGAAGUAGAUGCAGCUGUCAGAUUUAUGGAUGACAUAUCACAGAUACAAAUCCAAAAUCAGAUCACUGAUUGCUGGAUAUGGAAACCAGAAACUACAGGACAGUACUCUACUAAAAGCGCAUAUUACCUGUUGCAAGAAGCCACAGUAGGGGACACCCUGGAUGAAGCACUAGAGGAUCUAUGGAAGCUAAAAAUCCCAGCAAAAGCUCAAAUUUUUGCAUGGAGACUGAUCAAAGACAGACUACCAACCAAAGCUAAUAUGAGAAGAAGACAAAUCCAGAUGAAUGACAUAAUCUGUCCUUUUUGCAGAAGUAAGGAGGAGGAAGCCUCUCACCUAUUUUUUUAUUGCCCAAAGACACAGCCCUUAUGGUGGGAAUCCCUCUCCUGGAUUCAAACCAAUGGAGUUUUUUCUAUUAGUCCAAGACAACAUUUCAUGCAGCAAACAAUUGGCACAAAUGGUGGAAAGCAGUAUUCUAGAUGGAAGUGCUGUGUAGGGGGUUAUGUGGGUUCCAGCGAGGACAAUGUGGGUUUUCCGGCAGUGUGGGAGGUUCUGUGGGUUCGAGCGACGACAAUGUGGGUGUCGAGGGAGCGGUUUCCAGAAGAUUUCAGGCGGGAGGAGAAAGAGAAGAGCGAUUUCAGGCAGGAGGAUGACAAAGAGAAGAGGGAGGGCAAGGUUUCAGAAUUAGCCAUAUGUUGUUCCUAG